AAAUCAGAUCCUGAAGUUGCGUUACGUUAAUGGAGUAGUGGGGAUGUGGUCGCUUCAAAACCCAAAUAUUCUGACACCGUAUUUCUUCAAACCGACAACAACCGGACAGUGAGCAGCGUCACAAGCCACAGCAAGGUGGACGGGCGAAUUUCGCUGACGACUUGAUACUUUUUUGAGGGCCUGGGGGAAAACAUACAACGUUGAGCUAACGAUAAGUAGCCACCAUGUCGUGGGAAGAAAUGCCUUGUUUUGUGGCCUCGCCUGUGUGCUCGCCUGUCCCCCGCUCGCCUGUUCUCUGAGCCCACUGGACAACAACACAAGCACAGCUCGCGAGCCAUGGCGGACAGCUUUGGAGAGCAGUCCAGCGGCGGUGCCCUUGGCUUAGGCGUUACCGGACAGGGUAGCGGAGCUUCGCUGCUGCCUACUUUGGCCAACUCUCUGCCGGGGGGACACUCAGCAGCCAGUGGUGCUCACUCCGUCUCUAACCCGGCCUCCCCUCCUCCCGCCGCGGCCGCGCAGAGUGGCCUAACCGCUCUCGUGGCUCCCCUGUCCGCUGUCACUGCUACGCCAGCCAGUUUCGGGAGCACAUUCACCCCCGGCUCCUCGCCACCGGUCGUGGCCGUGUCUCCGACCGUACACGCCUCCUCGCCUCUCCCCGGUGUUGGGUUAGGGGUCGGCGGGGUGGCAGGAGCGGGCCUUCUGUCUCAAAUCCACGCCACUUCCUGGGACCCGACCCUCAGCACGGACUGGGACAACGAGAAGGCUUCCCAGCAGUGCAUCCUGAGGAUAAAGAGGGAUAUCAUGUCCAUCUACAAGGAACCUCCACCAGGGAUGUUUGUUGUCCCCGAUCCUCAAGACAUGACUAAGAUCCAUGCCCUGAUCACAGGGCCAUUCGACACACCGUACGAGGGCGGCUUCUUCCUCUUCUUGUUCCGCUGCCCCCCUGAUUACCCCAUCCAUCCGCCACGGGUCAAGCUCAUCACCACCGGACACAACACGGUCCGCUUCAACCCCAACUUUUAUCGCAACGGCAAAGUCUGCCUCAGUAUCCUGGGGACAUGGACAGGCCCGGCAUGGAGCCCAGCCCAGAGCAUCUCCUCUGUCCUCAUCUCCAUCCAGUCUCUGAUGACAGAGAACCCCUAUCACAACGAACCUGGCUUUGAACAGGAGCGCCACCCAGGGGACAGUAAGAACUACAACGAGUGUAUCCGCCAUGAAACUAUGAGGGUGGCUGUGUGUGACAUGCUGGAGGGCAAAGUCCCCUGUCCUGAAGCUCUGUGGAGUGUGAUGGAAAAGUCCUUCCUAGAAUACUAUGAUUUCUACGAGGGCGUCUGCAAAGAGAGACUGCAUCUACAGGGCCAGAACAUGCAGGACCCAUUUGGUGAGAAGCGUGGGCGCUUCGACUACCAGGGCCUGCUGGCUCGCCUCAGCGCCACCCACAGGCGAAUACGCGAGAAAAGCUUGGCGGAGGACGACCACAACGACGACGAUUCAGACUCAGACACCAGCUCCUCAGGGACAGACCCCGACAGCCAGGGCAGCUCCCAGCCCUGACUCCCUGGACAGUGCUGGACUCAAAACCAGGCUGAGAACUAAAGACAAAGGGACACCUUUUUUGUUUUUGUUUGCAGUGGAGGAACAAAAUCACAGAAGAGAAUGCCACGCCUACGUCAACGUUUAGUGAGUCCAGGGUUCAGGGUUUGAGUCAAGCGUCUGUUGAAUAGAUGAUUCAGAGAGAGAGAGAGGAGUUGGUUGUGCUCUCCUCACAUUAAAAAGUGAACACCAUCCGCUAGUCAAAAGCAGGCAAAUCUGGCCCAGUGUAUUGUGCUACUACUGUAGCUAACCAGCUGUCAUUUUGAUAUCCUGUUUGAUUCUAGAAUUUGUCGGCUGCCUAAAUGCCCGGUAGAUGAUGAGAUUAACCAGCCGCUGUUGCUUGCGGAUACAAAAGGCUAGUUUCAUGGCUCAAACCUUUGAAAGUAUAUAUGCAGAUAAUGCAGCACUCUAAGGUGGUAGUUCCACUUUGACUCACAAGCCCAAACAGACGGCCAGUCAAUUUUUUAUACUCUUAACCUAGGAGAGACUGUCCUAGGGAAUCGACAAGGAGAAGGCUUGAAGCUCACUGGCUUGGAAGUCGGGGCAGGUUUGGGCCAGGCGAAGGGACCUGAUACUGUGAUAGUUGGGGUGAUUGACUGGAGUCAGCUGGAGCAGUGGAAGGUGAUGGUACUCCUUCAAAGUAGCUCUGUUGUCUUUGGAUACGAGGUAAGAAGCAAUGAUGGACCUUUAACAAAUGGAGAAUUGCCGAGGCUUUACAAGUCUCCUUCGGCCCUGGUGAGGCCAAGCCGCAGCUCUUUCAGACUGAACGUCAGCCGCCUCUGUGACCAGGCCACAUAAAACAUCAGCAACUCUCGAGCCUGAGUAGUGAUUCCUGUGUAUUGUACAAAAAGUUCUGCUUAGCUUUCAGUUCUACUAGUGCUGUGGGAAAUGACAGUAAAUCUGUUUACCAGAAAAUAAGCCGUUAGAGAUAUGUCACUUUCACUGACAUCCACCUUUCUACCCUUUUGUUAAGCUGUUUUCUCAUUGUCGUGCGGAAACUAACGCUAAUUUGCAGUGUGUAGGGUGUUUAUUUGGAAACCCUGCUGUUCUUUGGGUUGCUAGCUCUUUCGAUUAACCUUUCAAGAUUAAACUGACCUGUAAUUUAGAUCCAGCUAGGUCCACCAGGGGCUCAGGGGAACUAAUGGAUGCAAGCAAAGGUACCUUUCCAUGUGUUCACACUGCAAGUAUCUCAGUCACCCUGUUGUGUCUAUAUGAGGGGCCCAAUCAAAGGAUUUGGUUGAAUCUGAGCAGAGGUAUACACAGAGGGAACUUUACUGCUUUGGAAUCAGUUACUAAGAUUUGAUGUAAUACUUUGAGAUAUUGCCUAAGUAGCUUGUUGGGUUUGAUGUUACAAAAUCACAUUAUAAUGGGAAGUAAGGGAGUGAAGAAAUCUGAUUAGCCUACCCUUUUUCUUUAGUUUGCUUUGUCAGAGUGCACCUUAAGUUUCACUCAUUAGCUGCGCAGGAAAUGAAUGGACUUGUUGAUGACAUCACUUGCAGUGUGAUCAUAGUGAAAGGUGUUCUGCAGGGAGAAGAAGAGAGGGGAGCAGAAUUUGUAGGGUGUUAUGAGUGAUGAAAUUACUCAAAGAUUACUCAAAGAGAAAAGGGUUCAGAAAGACUUCCAUCCAAGUCCAUCUUAAAACCAUACUCACAUGCCUUACCCAUGUUGCACCUGUUACUCCACCUGUUCAGUAACUCUUCCAAAGUACAUACAGGAUGUGAGCUUUGCAGAGAGGCUAAUUAGAUUGAUGCCAUUCUCAUGUCUGUCUGAUAAAUAUGAAGCUGCAGCCAGUUAGCUUAUUAGUUUUUUUUUAUUUAUUUAUUUUUUCCUGAUAAAGUGAAUUUGUACAAAACAUCAAGCCUAAGUUGAAGUAUUUCAUGUCUCCAUCAGCUGGUGUGCCAUCACGAUUAUAGUACACAUAAUAUAAUGUUAAUCUCACAGAAGAGGCUUGAUGAUCACUAAAAUUAGGUGCAUAUAUUUAUCAGUAUUGGUCAUGGGUCCAUUGAGUUGUAAUAUAUCAGCAUAUCGGAUAUCGGAAAAAAAAUCCAAUAGUGUGCAUCCCUUCUCCAAAGCUCACUCAUACACAUACAUCAUUAGCUGAAUCUGUGCUAAACCAGCUGUACAAAUGACAAUUUGGCAUUAUACAGGGGGAUUAUGUGCCCGGAAAUAAUCCUGUAUAUAAUCAAGUAUAAACUUUAUUUGUAGACUUUGGUUUUUGUACAAAAUAAACAAGAAAUAACAUUUUAUUGUGAGCAUCAGGCCUGAUGGUACAAUGGGUUUUGUUUUGUUACUUUUGCAAAGAGGCAAGCCAGCUGUUUUCUUUGUGCUGAGCUAAUAUAGCUGCUGGCUGUAGCAUGUGGGUAUAGAGUGCCCCAGGGAUGAUGUUUUUGUUUUUUUUUUUUGUGUAGGCUGACCCCGAGGCAUCACCCUAGUUUCCACGUCAAAAAGCUUAGGGGUGUAUUCCAUUGGAUCUUGGGUACAAAAAUUUAUGAUACUUUAAUGUUCUAUUCAGCAAGAUGAUCUCCUCAAAUGAGCACUGCUGCCAGUGAGAACACCACAAGCACGAAACAUGCUGCGCACAAGCAAGCUGCAUGACUUACCCACCAGCAGUCCACCGUCAGCUCCCUUUGCCUCUUGGUCCAGAUGAGAAAAACCCCCAAAAAAAUCUAUGUUAGCAUUUAGAUAGCUAUGAAAUGUGGCGUGAAAAGUGAGGGGGUUGAGGUAAAUCAAAGUAAAUGGAUCGAUUAUUGCUACAAUUGGUCCUAUGUUUAGUCCGUACAAGCAGCAUUGUAGCAGAGUUCAGCUAACCGUGGAGUUUGUGUGUUUGUCUUGUACCAGCAGUGGUCACGGUUUGCAGUGGGCAUGUCAUGUAGGCUUUGAACUAUACAUAUUUUGUUUUUGGUUUUUUUUAGAUUAUUUUUGGGCUUUUGCCUUAAUCAGGUAAAGGGGGGGUCCUAGCCUCUGUACAUUGGAAGCCUGCUCCACUCACUGAGUUACUGAGUGCCCCAGCUAUACGUGUUCUGGCUGCAGCCACAUAUUUACCUCAUAUGAGAGCGGUAUCAAUCUUAACAUCAGACUCUCUGCUAGACAUGGAACAAGUAUUUUUUUCAAAAAUAUUGAAUUACACCUUCAAUCCAAAUACGAACUCUUAAAAUUCAGCAUACCACCCUUUUUAAAUCCUGUUUUAAGAAGCUUUUCAACAAUGGUGUGCUUGUAAUAUUUCCUUUCUGCCUUCCACUGUCCUCCAGUGUCUCUACAGCCAUGUUGAUGGAGAGGAGAGCAGAAGCAAGGUCCCUAAAGAUUGAAACGGGAUUACUUAUACAGGGCAUUCCUUUUUAUUAUGUUAUAGAAUGGUUAUAUGAGAAUCAGCUCCUUGCAGAUUAAAUGUGAUUGCCAAAAUGUUGAUUGCAGCACUUCUUGAGGUGGAAGUAAAGAGAUCAUAUCCCUGUUCAGCUGUGUUGUGUUGUGCUUAAAGCAGGGUUCUUCUGUGGCUCUAUAAAGACCGGAUCACUGACUCAAGUGAUCAUUUCCUGGUCCACAAAAUGUUGGUAUUGUACAGAAGAUCUGGAAUAAAAUGUUGUUCAGUCCUGAAA